UUGUGAGAUAGGUAGUUGCCGGUUGCCGAUUAUCCGAGGUGAGCGACAGUACAUGUGAAACAUCAAGAGAAAAAAAUAGUGAUCGAGAAGAAAAAAAACGCAAAGGGUGAGACAGGAAGAAACUUCAGAAACUAUGGCCGUGUCAGCAACUCCGCCGGUGCUUUCCCAAACCUCUACUCUGGAGUCUGGCAGCUUAUUUCGCUCCGAUCCGCUGUAUACAAGCCCAGCCGAGUCCCCGAGACUGACAAGCAGCAUGAUCAACUCUUUCAUCAGCGGAGGAGGCGGUGGAAAUGGAAACGGCACAAGCGGCAAUAACGAGUGCAAAAUGGUUGAGGUGCACGGGGUCAGGGUCGCCUCGUUCAACGUGGACGGUCAAGAACUCAUCUGCCUGCCGCAGGUCUUCGACCUCUUCCUGAAACAUCUGGUGGGAGGGCUGCACACCGUCUACACCAAGCUGAAGCGGCUGGAUAUAUGCCCCGUCGUGUGCACGGUGGAACAGGUCCGAGUUCUGCGGGGGCUUGGGGCUAUUCAGCCCGGGGUGAAUCGCUGCAAACUCAUCACCCGCAAGGACUUCGAAGCGCUGUACAACGACUGCACCAAUGCCAGCUCCAGGCCUGGCCGGCCACCCAAGCGUUCCCUGGGGGUAGCGAUGCAGGAAAGCUCCAGGCUUCUUCCCCACAGUGUCCACGGCCUACUGUCUCCCGGCCUCCUCUCAUCCAUGUCGCCCGGAGUAUUUAUGUGUUGUCCUGCAGGGCUGACGGCUGCAGCGAUGGCUGAGGCUAUGAAGCUGCAGAAGAUGAAGCUGAUGGCCAUGAACAACCUGCACGGAGCCGGCAGCCAGAACGGUACCGAGUCGGAGAACGACGAGCUCAACUCCAACACAGGUGGCAGCGAGUCCUCCUGGGACAAAGAGAAGCUCCAGUCUCCCCCCUCCUCUGGUGCUGCCCACAGCCUGGGUCACGCAGGCCUGUCAGGGCAGCACGGCCUGUCCAGCUCCCAACUCAACUCCCUGCAGCAGAACCACAUACUGGCCAACCGACUGGACCUACCCUUCAUGAUGAUGCCCCACCCCUUGCUGCCCGUCGGCCUGCCGCCUGCGUCUGUUGCCAUGGCAAUGAACCAGAUGAACCACCUGAACACCAUCGCCAACAUGGCCGCCGCAGCUCAGAUGCACAGCCCCUUAUCCAGAGGAGGAGCGUCUGUCAUCAAGUCUGACCCUCGGUCUCUGUGGCAGGAGUGUGUCCAGGACAGCCCUUCUCCGGCCCCCUCCAUGGAGGAAGGUCCUCGCCCGGGCUCCCAGCCCUCCUCACACCCCAGCAGCAGUGCCUCCAGCUCCCCCGCCCCGCACCAACACACCCCCGACCGCCUGGUGAUGAAUCCUGUUGAUGGAGACCUUGGGGACAGACAGGCUGGAAUCAACAUGAAAAACAUGUUCAAAGAGAAAGCAGAAGAAGGGCAGCUGGCCCUGCCCAUGAUGAAGCCAGGCUUUGAGAAGAUGGCCCUGGGUGGACAGACCCUGCCUCCAGGCUUCCCUGCGCCCUUCCUCUUCGCCGACGGACUCAACUCUGUGGAGACUCUGCUCACUAACAUCCAGGGUCUGCUGAAGGUAGCCGUGGACAACACCCGUGUGCAGGAGAAACACGUUCAGCAGCAGAGGAAGGAGCUUAAGAUGGAGCUCUACAGAGAGAGAGAGAUGAGAGAGAGUCUGGAGAGACAGCUCUCCUCCGAGCUGCACAGCCGAGCCACCAUCCAGAAGCGUCUGAAAAAGGAGAAGAAGGCUAAGAGGAAACUGCAGGAGGCUCUGGAGUUUGAGUUCAAGCGCCGUGAGCAGGUGGAGCAGGCCCUCAAAACAGUCACCUCCCCAGAGAACCUCCGUAUGAGUCUCAACGAGGCAGUGAUACCGGAGGUUGAGCCAGAGCAUAACGGCAGCCAGCAGGAGAACUCAACUGUACAGGAGAACAGACCCUACACCAAGCCUCCCAUCGUGUACUGAAAGAACCAGCUCCUCCAGACCUGACCCAGGGCUGCCGAUGCUGGCUACGCCAGAGACAGAGCCCUUGGCUGGAAGAGAACGAGCGGAGAAGAGGGGCGACUGAAGGGAGGAAUGGAUCCCCUGAAACUCAUGUACAGGACUGCAGAGAGGGUGUGGUGGGGUGAGAGGUAACACUGGAGUAGCUCUUUUUGCUGCCCCAUCAUCUCACUCCAGCUACUUGUAAAAUCCCUCUAUUUCACUUGUUUGAGAAAAAAAGAGUAAGGACCAUUGAAAAUAAAAUGUGGAUUUUUCUCUACUCCCUGUGAAGCACAUACAGAAGCAUAUCCUCCUUCCCUAUCCUCCUUCCCUAUCCUCCUUCCCUAUCCUAUUUCUCUCCAAGCUGAUUGCCUCGCAUUAUUAUUAUUGUUAUUAAUUAUUAGUAUUAUUAUUGUUGUUAGUUGUUGAUUCCUCAAAUGCCCCAAUAUGUCCCAAUAGCACAAGUCUUGCAGCGCAUAUAUAGGAUCAUUUCUUCUUAAACUUGAAAAUCUGAAGGAGGAUAUGAAAUGUAACAUUCAAGACAAAAUGUGCUUCUCUUCUUAUAUCACCUCUUCUUCAUCAAGUAAAAGAGACUGAAACCGUUUUUUGAAUUUCAAUGCUUUUUCUCUUUUGUCCUCUUUUUUUCUGAAAAAUGUCACUGAUUUGUGUUGACUUGGGAAUGUGUCCUCUCUCUUGACUGAAUGUGGCCUCUCCCUUGACUGAAUGUGUCCUCUCCCUUGACUGAAUGUGUCCUCUCCCUUGACUGAAUGUGUCCUCUCCCUUGACUGAAUGUGUCCUCUCCCUUGACUGAAUGUGUC